GAGUUACGGUAUUAGAAAUAUAGAAGAAGAUUGUUGGUGAGCGAGGGUGAAGCGGCAACCCCAUAUUUUCCAAUCCAUCUCUUCAAUCUCCCACCCUUCUUCUUUUUUUUUUUUUGGGGGUUGUUUAUCUCUCUUUUUCAAUCGCUCUCUGCUCUUUAUUCAAUUUGCUUUUAAAUUCUUGAUAAUAAAUCAAUCACACAAAUUUAUCAUUACAUACGUGACAUAAUUUAUACAUAAGAGAGAAAAAAAAAUGUCGAAGAAGAAGGCAUUCACUGGAAACACUAUGACUCUCAAAGACUUUCAUGGAGGCUCCAUUCCCUCUGAUCUUCCUCUCCCUUCGGCUCCUGGUGUUAUUGUUAGGCCUAUGGAUCGUUCUGGUUAUGAUCGACCCACAUCAUGGGGUAACCCUAUGGUUAGGCCUGAUCAUCGCCUCCGCCCCAGUUCUUCUCCGGCAACUAGGCGUUUUGAUGAUAAAUCUCCCUUUCUUGCUAAUGCCGUGCAUAUCGGUCGUAAUUUUGAUGAAGAUGAGAGAAAACCAUUAGAUGGAGUUUCAGCUCCACGUAGAACGGUUAGUGAUGAGAAUUUUCGUGUGCCACCUCGUUGUGUAGGGCAUAAGCUUGAGUCUGUGUCUACUGGAAGGGUGUCAGGUUGGGCUGGACUGGGGUUGGGGUCACAGGCUUCAAAUGGGGCAAUGCAUUCUUAUGCAGGUCGAGCAGUUGAGCAAACUCAAGUUGGUGUGAAUUCACCAAAUUCAAGAGGCAAUAGUGAGCAGCUGGUUUCUGGUGUGUAUCCAAAUGCUUGGGCUGCAAGGAAGGAGGUGGCAGUGGGUGUUACUGAACCCUUGCAAUCUGAGUGUUCUGGGCAAAGUGCAGUUUUAAAGUUGGCUCAGGCAAGUGCACUUGAAAAGGUUUCUUCAGGUAGAUGGCAGUCAAAGCAGUCGAUUCAGUAUCAAGCAGAUGUUCAGGUUAUUAAGUUUUCAGAAACAAAUAGUGGAUUACAUCCUAAGCAUCAAGAUGAUAAUGCCUACACCAGGGUGAAUGUUGUGGGUGGGAGGGCAUUCUCAGAUGCAACAUUGGCCAGGCAAAUGGACAGAGGUUUGAAUAUUGAAGAUUCAGCUGUACAGGGUGGUCGAAAGGAAGAAUUGGAUUCUGUGAGGACUUGUGCUUCUACUUAUUUGGAAGCAAAAGAGAGGAAAUAUAAGCAGGAUACUGACAGAGUUCAAUCCAAUCGUUCUGAUAGCAGAUUUGUUGGGUCUGAAUCACUUCCUGUGCUGCAUUCAGAUGCAUCGGAACGGCCUAAGUUGAAGUUACUUCCAAGAACAAGGCCGUUGGAGCAUUCAGAACCACAUGUAGCCAGUCCUAAGGAGGUCUAUCCUUGUUUGAGUGAAUCUGGUCAUGGUCAUCAUGAAACUGUUAAUGGCACGCAUGGAAACCUGAAUCCUACAAAACCUGAUUUAGCUGGUAGUGAUGUUUGGAGCCAUGCAGUGGAGCGGCCGAAGUUAAGUUUAAAGCCACGGUCGCAACUAGAAGAGAGCAGUGAAAGGGGAAGAAAUGCAUUGUUUGGUGCUGCUCGUCCUCGUGAACUGGUUCUGAAGGAGCGAGGGCUUGAGAAUCUUGCCGUCAACAAUCAUGAUUUGGGUCAACAAUCUGAUAGGGGCAAACAUAAUAUUGCCAAGUUUGAACAAGCUCCUGAGCUUGCUAAUCCUAUUCACCAAAGUGAAAGAGCUGAAAAUAAUCCUCUUGAUCAGAGGAUGGGUAGGAAAUUUGAGAGAAAGGAUCCUCGGAUAGAUGUUGACAGAGUUGAUAUGCGGAAGCGUAAUUGGCGAAAUGAGAAUCGAAGGAACAACAGGGGGGUUGAAAGAGAGCAACAGCAUGAGAGACAUUCUUCACCAGAAACAUGGCGCAAACCAGUGGAGCAGCCCAAGCCAUCAUCAUCUACCGAUAUAGUUGGUGUGCGCUAUGGAAAAGUAGCUUCAGCUGUAGAGCUUGCUCAAGCAUUUUCAAGAUCAUUCUCAGAUCCAAAAUUAGAUGAUCGAUAUUCUGGGCAAAGGGGCCUUACUGGCCGAACUCAAAUGCCUUUUUCUCGGCUGAUGGGUCCAACCCAAAGGACUCAGAUUAAUGGCUACUAAAUCUAUAUGGUUUGAUGGUUAAUUGUGCACCACUUGAUGAUAAGAAGAUAGGCUUUACGAGUGCUAAUAUUCUCUGAGCAAUAAUAGAUUUCUACUAAGUGGAAGCUGUGAUUAUGUCUUGCUGCCCUUCAACCGAUAUGAGUGUUUACACCAAAAAUUUUCCUACUUUCUUGGAUGAUUAGUACCAGUCAGAUCAUUUCUAUCAUCUAAGGAGAAGUAUGUCAUCUCUUUAGAACCACAUUUUCCUUUUUACUUUUCCAUUUUAAUUAUCAAUAACUUCUCUAGUUUCUCGUCUUUAUAAGGAGAAAGUAUGCCUGAAAUUGAAAAAUCAAGAUCAUUGUAGCAUACCGUUAUGCUUUCUUGAUACAGUGGAGUGGUAUUUGACUGAUGUUCUGCAUUCUUUGCCAUAAUGGUUAAAAUUAUGUUGAAAUUUA